AUGAUAAACUCCGAUGAUAUCCACGAUCUGUUAAAUACCGGCCUCAUUACUCCUAUUCCCGAUUCAACUGUCUCCAAGAUCAUCUCUCUGCCUCCAUUCAUUUCUGUCCCCGGGGUAUCAAAUUUCCGAGACUUAAGCUAUGAGAACAACUUGCGCCCCGGCUAUGUCUACCGGUCUGCGAAUUUGUCAGACAUCACAGAAGAAGGGAAGGUGAUGUUCGCUGUUGAUUUGGGCAUUACAACGAUCUUCGACUUGCGGAAUGAGGGUGAAAGGGCGAAGGCCCCACCUCCACAGAUCGAAGGAAUCGACAUGAUCUGGAUGCCCUAUGGCGCCAGGCCAGCUUCACUAAAUCUACGUGAUUUCGCUGGGGAGGACAAGGGCGCUAAUGGGUUUGUCAAGAUGUACAUGGGUAUCCUCGAGGCAUGUGUGCCGGUUUUCACCCAAGUGUUCAAACAUAUCCGGGACCAACCUGAUGAUCCGUUUGUUUUCCAUUGUUCUGCCGGCAAAGACCGUACAGGCGUCCUAGCAGCACUUAUCUUGCUGCUCAUGGGCCGAUCCCAGGACGAAAUCAUCAAUGAUUAUAUCCUCACGCGGGCAGGAUUAGAAAAUGUGCGGGAAAAUCUGGCGCAAGCUUUGGCUCUUGAUGAAGGAACCGACCAUCUGAGCCCCGAAGCGAUCGGCAUGUUAGAGCUGAGCGGCGUUCGGGCGCAAGCCAUGGCGGCCUUCUUAAAGACCUUCCAUUCCACCUACUACGGCGGUGCGUAG